AUGGACGGAGAAUGGAAGAGCAUCAUACAACGCAUCAAGGCCACCGCAGUCACUCUCCGUCUUCCUCUUCAUGAGAAGUGCGAAGAUGACACUGACAUGAGUCAAUGGCGGAAGCGAGUAGCAACGACCUUGGGACCGAGACCGAGAACUGAGUCCCCACUGCAGACACCCCAGAGCGUGCCAUUCCCACUACCACAGCGAAGAGAACAGGAAACAAGUCGCUUUUUCGCCGAAAGGGAUAAUCAAAGCAGUGAGAGUAACACGAUCUCCGUCGGCCACAAUCUAGAACAAACCGACGACCUGGAUCAGACCGGUAAUGUGGAUCAGACCGGUCACUCGAGAAACGAUGAGUCGGUUGUUACUAGCCAUGGGAAGAUUUGUCUCUGGUGCGGCCACGAGGCAUACAGCCCCGAUGACCAGAGCCUGAAUACCCAUCCCGACCAAACCCAACUCCAUGGCCAAAGCCAACAGUCUCAGAAUCGGCACCAAGGGCACCAAGAUCGGGAGCAGCAGGAUCAUCACCACAGCCAACAGCCCCAAGAUCAGUACCAAGAACGGCAAGCUCAACAGAAUCAGCCACAAGAUCGAUUGCAAGAACACCAAGGUUGGGCCCAGCACCAUCAUGAGCAAGGCCAACAGCACUUCCAUAGACAAGGCCAUCACAACGACCAUGAAACGGCCAUGCAAGGAGUUCCUGUCGAGAAAAUGCCACCAUUGCUGUUUCGGUGGUCAAACCGUGACUCGCAAGGAGUCAACUCGAAGACCAUAUUCCUAGCCGGACUUUUCUGCAACGGUGAAUCGUUCAAUCCGGAAGACUUGCCUGAAGACCGAUUCGAAAGCUUCUUUCGGAGCCAUGUCACAAAGCAGGAAGUCAGGACCCCAUUUAUUUCGACAUCUCGUUCCCCAUUAGCACCCCUUCACCGUGCUCUUGCUGGCGGGAAAGGCGCUAUACUGACGGUAAUUGACACGUCAAAGCUGGAUACCAAAGUCUUCUAUGCACAUCCACUUGCGAUUCGAACAAGAACCCAAACCUACAGCUGGAAGGGCUACGGGGAGUAUCUCAUCUGGGGCCACGUCGCAACAGAUGCAAUUGCCUUCAGCGUGGAAAUCACACGUGUCGAGGACAUCGCACAGUCCCGCCGCGAUAUCGGCCGCUUGCUUCAAAUUCCACUUAUCCGCAGUUUUCUACGAUGCAAUCAGAAGCUGCGGGAGGUGUUAGCGGUGAAACGGAAGUCGCCUUUCAAGUCCGGUCGUACACUCGGCAAGUUGUUGACUCUUCUUGGAGUUCCAACCAUCCACUGGGACAACAUAGCAUCUAGGUUCGCAAAAUCAUGGGGUUGGGUGUAUACGAGAGAGACUGCUCUGUUCCACAGCGGUCUGCGAAGUGCACCACCCUAUCUACCCGAGGAGCUGUCUGAUUCGGAAAGUGAGGGCCCAUUGCUCACACCGCAAAAGACACCUGGGAGGAUCCCUAAGGAGAUGCACUUCCGAUCCGGCUGGGAUUCCGAUGAUCAAGACUAUGAACCGCCCGAAACCGACUACGACUCGGGAGAGACCUCUGAGUCGGAAGAUGUGGGUGAUAUCUCGAUGUAUGACAUGACAGAGACAGCCGACGACGAGAAAUUCUCGACGCAUGAAACGCUCUCGAGUGGUGUUUUCCAUGAGAACGAUGGUCUCGAACAGUCCUCGGGGCAGGUACCCCAUCAAGAGGUGAUUGAUCUCACCUCUGAUAAUGAGGAUAGCAGCUCGCAGUGUGCACUGCAGCGGGACUGGCCUUCAGAUGAGGAGGACAAUUAUCCUGACACACCAACAAAGGUGCAAUGGAAUACUAAGAACAAGGCCACCUACCGUCGUGUACUUAAUGGACAGGUGGACAUGGACUUUUUCGAAAAGAUCCGAAAUUGGUCUUAG